UCUUACUCUCCUCCCUCCACCUCUCUAUCUCUCCAUCUAUUUUCCCUCAUCCCGGGUCUGUGACAAGGGGAAAGGUUUUAGGCCUACUGCUCCGAGAAAAUACGUUUCUAGUUUACUGUUGAAUCAUAGAAAUCGUUCUGGAGCAUGGAUCUAAAAGAUUUUUGUUUGACUGAAAACUUCCACUUUCUUCAUCAGCACAGUUUGUUGGAAUCCUCCAGCAUGGAUGACGCUCCGUCGCCGGACGAACCGGGAAUCAAAACGGAUCCAUCUAGCCCAGCAUUCGCUCUGGACAGUACCACACCGUUCAGCCCCGGCUCCGACACCAGCGGAUACAGUCUUUUCUCCCAGGGACGCUCGCUUGACCCAGAAUCUCCCAGCUCCAGAAGCAGCGGCAGCGGUGUCGGCGCGCCACCGGACACCGCAUCACACUUCAGUUCCGAGCAGAGUUUGACGCUCUCGGCACACGUUGACUCCAUUCUCAAAUGCGACUACUUGACGUCGCUCGGUACAGGACCUAAGCGGCUCUGCUUGGUUUGUGGAGACUUCGCAUCCGGCUACCACUAUGGUGUUGCGUCCUGCGAGGCAUGUAAAGCGUUCUUCAAAAGGACAAUUCAAGGUAACAUCGAGUACAGCUGCCCAGUGAUGAACGAGUGUGAGAUCACCAAGCGCCGCAGAAAGUCAUGUCAGGCAUGUCGCUUCCAGAAAUGUCUACGUGCCGGAAUGAUGAAGGAAGGUGUUCGUAUGGACCGCGUCAGAGGUGGGAGACAGAAGUAUAAGAGACGAGUGGAUUCAGGCCUGACUCUCUACAUGAAAGCUCCUUAUACACACCCAAUGAAAUCUAACAGAAACAAAGUAGUCUCCCAGCUACUGCUGACAGAGCCCGCCCCCCUGUGUGCCACACAGGACAACUCAACCAAUGACAGUGACCUAAAGACCCUGCUGACCCUGUGUGACCUCCUGAACAGGGAACUUUUGGUCAUGAUUGGCUGGGCCAAGCACAUCCCAGGUUUUUCUAGUCUCUCAUUGGUGGACCAGAUGGCGCUGCUGCAGAGCGGUUGGAUGGAAGCUCUGGUGCUGGCUGUGGUGUGGCGGUCACUAAGCAACAACGGGAGUGGCGGAGACGGGGAAGAGAUUGUGUUUGCGGCUAACCUGCGGCUGGGCGCGGAGCAGUGUCGGAGGGCAGGGCUGGCAGACCUGUACAGCGCACUGCGACACCUCACCACUAAGUACCAACAGAUGAAGCUCACCCAGGAAGAGGCAGUCACUCUGAGGGCUAUGGCUCUGGCUAAUUCAGAUGCAGAGAGCCUGGAGAGUGCCGAGGCGGUGCAGCGUUUCCAGGACAACCUCCACGAGGCCCUGCAGGACUACGAGGUCUCCCAUUGGCCGGCGGAGCCCCACCGGGCGGGGCGUCUGCUGAUGACCCUCCCCCUGCUCCGCCAGACCGCCCAGGCGGCCGUCCACGCCUUCUGUCGCCUCCACCUGGCGGGACGCGUGCCCAUGCACAAACUGCUGCUGGAGAUGCUGGAUGCCAAGAUCUGAGCAACAGACUUGACUCACACACACACACAGUUGACUCACACACACACACACACACACACACCUUCAUAUUCAGCCCCCCAUCCAGUUGUAACAGAGGUGGUUCGAUGCCCAUGUUUGCAUGAUGAGCAACCUUGCUGACUCUGAACAUAGCUCUAAGAAUUGAGAUGAAGGCUCAUUGAUACCAUGGUUCAAUUCUUCUCUUGGCCACAUAUCUGUACUCUACACUCAGAAAUACUCUCAUUAGUCUCAAAUGGUUGUACAUUUAGUCUUAGUGUAGAUGGCUCUAUAUAUCAAUUUCAUUUUUCCAGUCUACGCUAGCACUUACAAUGAUAAUCAUAGCAGAAUACUGGAACUUUCACGUGAGAGACUCAAAACAGAACAGAACCAUGCUAAGGUGGUGGUUAGGUCGAUAAACAGUUUGAAUCCAUCCCAUAAUAACGCAAACCAUAGUACAGAGGGUGAACGUACACCAGACAAGGUUAAAUGGCGCGACACUGGAGUUAACAUUGACACUGCUGCUUUCGAUCGUUCUGAUUCACCGGCCAUUGCAGCUAACGAUCUGCCCUGGAGUUCAACCUGUGGCAGGCUUCGUUUUCUGGUCACAUGACGCACGGCCGUAUCGUCUGCACCGAAGACAUAGCCCACCGAUGAUGAUCAAGAACUGAGGUUGAAAUGGGAGACAUCUUUUAUUUUUUUCAUGAUAGCAUUAAUAACGUACAGUAGAUUUUUAUGAAUUGUAUUUUUUUAAGACGUACACUGCUGUCUGGACAAGGCUAACGGGUAGGCCUAUGUUGUGUCUUUGUUGUAUGGCAGGGUCUCGAUUUGAACCCACACUUUACAGUGUGAAAUGGGGAGGUGUUUUUAUCAUGUCAGAAACACGUUCAUCCAGUAUGUACAAAAAUAGAAAUAUCCAUGGUUACUGUAACAACACUAUUAUUACACAGUGCUGCAUAUCGCUCUGUGUACUGUACUUAGUUGUAAACCGCACAUUAUUAUAGGUACAUCAAACAUGUUAGUUGGCCUCACUGCAUCCAACUAGCAGUGACAAUUCAGCAGGAAACCAUAGAUAAGGUUAGUCUUUCUCGGUGGUCUUCACCCUGCUGCUCAGGGCCCUCUGUCCUCCAUGUUUUACAUUUUCCUCCUUGCUCCAACACACCUGAUUCAAAUGAAUGUGUUGUUAGUGUUGGGUUGGAGCAGGGAAACAUCGAAAACAUACCUGACAGUGGGCCCUGAGGACCAGGGUUGAAGACCACUGGUCUAUAUCAGUUUAACGCUCCGCAUGUCACACACCCAGGACUAACAGAGCCUGCCUUACAAAGCUGCCAUGCCAUGCCCUAGAGCAAGAUGCCAUUUUGAUUAUCUGUGUGUAUUUAUUUAUCAAUUGAAUAUUUAAAUAUUUAUGACAUCAAUGUUGUACAAAUAUUUGAACGGCUUUCAUAAUAGUUUGUACAUCUUGAAAAUAAAACUAUUUUCAGAUG